UCAGGGUGAUGCAAAACCAUUCCAAAACCUUACUCUUGAACGUUCUCCCACCUCCCACUCUUGAACGUCUCCCUCUUCAGACGGUCUCCGGCGAGGGCUAUCUUCAUCUUCUCCGUCGAUCUCUGCUCUCUCAAGAUAUCGAUGAAAAUCGCAAUAGAAGGAUGCAUGCAUGGGGAUUUGGAUAAUGUUUAUGCAACUCUCUUGCAUUUACAAGAAGCUGAGAAGACAAAAAUUGAUCUUCUAAUUUGUUGUGGUGAUUUCCAGGCUGUUAGGAAUGAGAAGGAUUUGGAAAGCUUAAGUGUACCACCUAAAUACAGGAGCAUGAAUUCUUUCUGGAAGUACUACUCCGGAGAAAAAGUAGCUCCAUUUCCGACUAUAUUCAUCGGAGGAAAUCAUGAAGCAUCCAAUUAUCUCUGGGAAUUAUACCAUGGUGGAUGGGCAGCACCUCAUAUAUACUACUUGGGAUUUGCAGGAGUGGUCAACUUUGGGAGUGUUCGCAUUGGUGGUCUUUCUGGGAUUUACAAGUCUCGUGACUAUCAUUUAGGACAUUUUGAAAGACCUCCGUAUAACAAUAGUGAUGUCAAGUCAGUGUACCAUGUGCGGGAGUAUGAUGUUCACAAGCUCAUGCAAGUUGAGGAACCUAUUGAUAUUUUCAUUUCACAUGAUUGGCCCCUUGGCAUCACUGACCAUGGGAACUGGAAAGACCUUGUCUGCGAUAAGCCUCAUUUUGAGAAGGAGAUUCAGGACAGAACUUUGGGAAGUAAACCAGCUGCAGAGUUGCUAGAAAAAUUGAAACCUUCUUACUGGUUCUCUGCUCACUUACAUUGCAAGUUUGCUGCUCUAGUUCAACAUGAGGAUGGAGGUCCAGUUACAAAAUUUCUUGCUCUAGAUAAGUGUAUCCCAAGACGAAAAUUUUUGCAGAUUAUUGAAGUUGAAUCAGACCCUGGGCCACAUGAAAUUCAGUAUGACGAAGAGUGGCUAGCAAUAACCCGUAGGUUCCAUUCCGUUUUCCCCCUGACUGCAAAACGUGCCAAUUUUGGGUGUCUACAGCUUGACAUGGAAGAAUGUCGUCGAUGGGUAAGGAGUAAACUGCAAUCUAGAGGGACUAAACCUUUUGAGUUUGUUCGGACAGUUCCAUGCCACAAUUCUUCCGAGACUGUUGCUAAUGGACAUAAUCGUAAUCCUCAAACAGAAGCUUUGUUACAGUUUUUAGAACUUCCGUACAUUCUUGACGAGAAUGAGCCCGCUCACAGUCCAGCAUUAUCUAUUUCCAGAGCAGCAGGUCCAAUUGACUAUGAUAGCGAAGAUGGACCCGUUGAGGAUGUGGAUGAAAUAGAACUUCCGGAAGAAGACGAUGAAGAAUCAUGAGAUCUAGAUGUUUCCCGCUUACCUCCUUCCUUAUUUUUGUCGCACAAAUUUCGUAUUGCAAGUGGAAGCUCUUUUUACGCCUUUCGCUAGAGGUGAUCAUUUGUAGGUUGGGUUUGCCUAUUUUUUUGUUUAACAUGUGGAAAAACGAUCUGUUCUUUUCAAAUUAUAUAACAUCUAUAUAUGGCAAAUACUCAUGUAAAAAUAAAUGAUUUUGUACGUGAAUCAACCUAUGUUUUGUUUUACC